UCAAAGUUUCGGAGGCAGUGUGGGUAGUUUGUUAAAUAUAAGUUAAAGGCUAUGUGAAAUGUAGCAUUCACGAUACGUGCUGCUUUUUAUUUUGUUGUGAUGACGAAACUAUGCGACACACUCUUCCUGGAAACCUUUCGUUGUGAUUUUACAAUUUUUGUAAAAUCUGUAAAAUUUUUGUAAAAUCAGAUUUCACAAAUGAUCAUCAUAAACUUACGUGGUCUAAAACACAUAUGGGCUGACUUCUGUUUAUUAAAAGCAUGUCACAAUACAAAACCUGGCGAGUGCUUUAAACGUUUUUUUCAUCGCAACUAUAAUAAAGCAUGUCUUGCCCAGGCAAACAAUUGGGGAAAUAUUAUUUUAGAAAUACAGCAAGAAAUAGAUAGCGAAAGCAAAUAUAAAGCAGUUGGGCAACUCCGGGGUUUUUGAGAGUCACGUGGGCAAAGUUGGAAGGGGUGUUGGAUUUCAUUGGUUCUGAUGCAAUUCCCUCUUUGUUGGUUGAGCUCACUCUCUCAGUCUAACGAUCUACGCGUCAGAACAACAACAGUCCGUUAGUUGAUGAUCGUUGCAUCAGCUUCUGAAGGUCAGAAUAUUUCGCUGUGUUGCAAAAUGUAACUGUUCAGUGAUUUACCUACGAGUUGUUGCUUUUUCUUAGGUCUAACUAUCAGCAGGGGAAUUGAACUCAUUUGCCUCCAGUUGUCUCCCAGAAUGAAUAUAAAUAGCAAACUCGAAACUGAAGAACUACUCACCUGUCUUCAUAUACAUAUCUUCCACCCUAAUCAAGCCAGUCGCCCGCUCUUCCAAAACCUGCCCCUAAAUCAACAAUACAUUAUGGACGCUGAAGAUCCACUUCGGCUUGGCCGUGAUGGACAAACCUGCAUCUUUGUCCUAAACGACACCUCUGUCUCCAGAAAACAGCUCUCCAUACAAGCGUAUAGGAAAGCCGGCAGCCAUUGCUUGAGCUUCAUGAUCCAGAACAUGAGCCAGAAGGUCAAACUCAUGGUCGGUGGGUCAGAACUGAGAUACCUCGAAAGAGCUGAGCUUGAUGACAAGGUGCUUCUCCGCUUCGGAAGAUAUGAACUCCUGAUUUGGCAAGAGCCUGGAGAUUCAGAGCAUAAAUAUGAAGUCCUGUUUGAAACACGCAAUACACCCCCUUCACAGGAAUUGGGCAUAGAUGUGCCUUGCAACCCACCUGUUAUGGAUACUGGUUUGCCAUUGAGAAGCUUUGAGAAUGGAGGACCUGUAAGCCAAGAGCCACUGGAGUCAGAUGAGACAGCUAUUUUAGUAUAGAUAUUUUCCAGACCUUGAUCUGCACAUUAUUAUUGUUAUCAUCAUGUUAUUAAAAUGCAUCUCAAAUGUAACAGACAGAUCUGCAACUGUAGACUUAUGACGUAUAAGUAACAUUAUACGUUGUUGUUGUUGUUGUUGUUGUUAUUUCUUCUGGAAUGCCACUAAACCAGUUUUGUUGCCUGUACAUAUAUAUUUUGUUUUUAACCAAAUUCUAUUGGAUAUUUGUCACUUACAUGUUUGAUCAUAAGACACUUUGUGUUUUCUCUCCAUUAUUGUUUAGUGUUCAUCGCAUCAUGUGUUUAGCUAGCAUUUUUAUAUUACACAAUAUUUAUUUUAUUGACUGUUGCUUGAUCAAAUGUCAUAUCACAAACUUUUUAAAAAAAUUUGAAAUUACAAUGAUUUAAGGGUUAUUUAUAAACUACUUCCAUAAAGGAAUAAACUUCUUUUACA